CAACGCUGGUGGUCAUUCUGUCAGGUGAUUGUAGUAGACUUAUCGGUUGGUUGAAGUUCAAAUGCAGUCGCGUUAUUUUCCAUAUGAGACGGCGUGUCGUACAUUUGCAAAAAUGGCGCGGUCGCUAAAAUGUACCUCGGAAUGUAAUUUGACUGACAGUCUGGUCGACUUACGAAUGCGUGUUAUGCUACGCCGAAGCCUUUCCACCGGUUUGACGAAGCGUGCUGCAGGGUUGGCCUGCGAACAACCACCUUCUCCGGACCCGACUUCAGCUCCACUCACUCGGGCAGUUGUCAGUAACUCAGCCACGUGGCUAUCACAUUGCGCAUCCGCCUCAUUCGGCGUCCAUCGAAGUCCGGCAGACUCUAGAGCUACGGCUGAGAUGACCGCAAUUCCAUCUAUUAUGGGCGAGGAGGCCAGUUUGAUAGCCAGGGACGAUGAAUGUGUUGCCCGUCCGCAUUCGGAGAUUAUAUUGACAUCCGGGAGUACUAAUGAUACCGUGAUUGCAGGUGUAACUGAAAGUAAUCGGAACAAAACACACAUAAGCCCGUUAAAUGUGUGCGACGCUUCAGAUCUAACUGGAGUUAUACCUGUUGAUGGGCAAUUUGACACCUCUGUCCAACUACCCAUGCAUGCAGAGAAAAUCAAGAACAAUUCAUUAAUAGAGGACACCAACGUAUCCGAUGAUGUGGUCCAUAUCAAAGAUAGUAACUACCAAGGUGUAUUGGAUUCUCAUACCAAAGUGUUGGAAUCUGCCACCGGUUUAAAUGUUGCAUUGACGGCAAAGCCGUCCGACAUUUCCUCAGAGCCAAUAAAAUCUUCCACGGCCCAAGGAGCGUUGGUUACCACCACAAGUCACGGAGCAUUUCAGGCUGUGCAGAACGAAGUCGAGGAGCCUCCCAGUGUCCUCUGUCGAUGUACAGCAUUUAAUGAGACUUGUGGAAACGGUUUGAUCGAUCGAUCCGGCUCAACAGACCCUGAACUUCGCAGACCAGCCAGCGGCUUAUUGCAACCACCGGCCGCUGCGUCAGCUGUUAGUCUUCAGUACCGUGCUGCCACUGUUUGCGCUGCCAGUGUGGCAGUGGCACUAAUCCUAGUCGUUAUGCGGCGCCUCUCACUAAUGUUGCAUGGUGCCUGAGUAGCACAAUGCAACAUACAUUGCCUUUCCAACCACCACCGUUGCCUCAUUCGUAUUUCAUACACACACUGCGUCGAAUUCACAGCUUUUUUGCCUUUAAUUAUUCUCACUUUACUGUCGCAACCUGCUGUCGACGAUAUCACCACUUGCUAUGGCACACUAUCUCUACCACUUGAUGGAACGGUGUUUCCCUUUUUGCUGUUGUCCACCAUGCAAUUCGUGACGAGUGUCACGUUCCCUCAUUUUAGUUUUCCUCGGCUGUGUUUAAUUCAUGUGAUUACUUCUGCCUUCUCGAAUUUUUCCGCACUUUACUGCCCAUCUCGGCGUAGCCACAUUUUUCUGCCUGAUUUCGAGCGUUAUUCUCGUGAAAUUCGCACUAGCUUUACAAUGCCUGACUCUUUACAAUCAACUUAUGUGUUAAUCUAGGUUGUUUGACGCAUUUAGAUGGAUUGGGAAGAGACCGUUAGUGCAUAUACACUGCUAACAUCGCGUACUGUAACAUCCUCGCUUUGCUUACACUGGCUGUCGAUGACAGCUUGAACAAAACGGACUGACAUAUGUCAUUUAGUGAGUUAAGCACUACCGGAUAUGUUCGAUUCUGCGUUCCCAUGUGUCUCAUAUACCACUGUUAGUUCUGACCAGUUCAGUUUAUUAACUAAGAUCCAUGUACCAAGAUGCUGUGUAUUGUUAUUGGUAUACCUUGGUAGCACUUUCUCUGUUUGUCCCCUACUCGUUUUUUGUCGAAGGCACGGCUAAGAUAGAAAUAAAUUGAGAGUUCGUCGCAACAGCUUCCAUACCAGAUAGUUUUUCGCGCACCCGAAAAAGCGCUCGACGGCCGUCUCGACCUUUUGAGUUUCGUUAGUUGUGCGCACCUAUCGGCUCCAUCAGGAUGUGAAGGCAUGGUCACUAGUGCCUUUCACUGCCAGCCAACAACACGAGCCACGUGGGACAGCGGUGGACCAUGAUCUACUAGCGACUCAUCUUCCAUUGCCUUGCAAGUUACCAAAGUUACAGAGGACACGAUUGGCUUCGGAAGACAUUGCUUUCACUGACAGUAUCUAUGUGCGACGUAGCAUUCAUUCGGAAGCUGCUACAACGAAUUCUCGAUUAAGUACAUCAAAGUAUUCGCCCCAGCAGCAUUGACUCCUUAUUUUCGUAUUAACCGUAUUUUGUUCUCAAAACAAUCAAGAAGCAGACAUGGGAAACUGAAAUGUAAACUAGGUGUCAGCAACAGUACACCGGUGUUCUGUACCAACGCUUCGCUGUCUCGCGAUUCCCACCGGUCACACUGGGGCUAGUGAUAUUGCCAGGCCUCCUGCACCCACGCAGACUCCAACCGGUGACCUUUGGGUCACAGAGCAAACACCUCAUCCCUUCGGUCACACGGAACACUUGGGUGGCUAACACAUGGAAGCAAACAGAUGUAUUACGAAGAUAUAUUUUGACGAAAAUGGAAAAAUUUCCAACCUUUUUCCU